CGCGGACGCCGCCCCGUGGUUCCGGUGUCUGGGACGCGCGCCCGCGGCGACAUGGCGCUGCUGUGCUACAACCGCGGCUGCGGCCAGCGCUUCGACCCCGACGCCAACGCGGACGAUGCGUGCACGUACCACCCGGGCGUCCCCGUGUUCCACGACGCGCUCAAGGGUUGGUCUUGCUGUAAGAGAAGAACGACUGAUUUUUCUGAUUUUUUAAGCAUUGCAGGCUGCACCAAAGGCCGGCAUAAUAGCGAGAAGCCGCCUGAGCCAGUCAAACCUGAGGUCAAGACGACUGAGAAGAAAGAACUUUCUGAAUUGAAACCCAAAUUUCAGGAGCACAUCAUUCAGGCCCCCAAACCAGUAGAAGCAAUAAAAAGGCCAAGCCCGGAUGAACCAAUGACAACUUUGGAAUUAAAAAUAUCUGCCUCCCUAAAACAAGCACUUGAUAAACUUAAACUGUCAGCAGGGAAUGAAGAAGAUAAGAAGGAGGAAGACAGUGAUGAAAUUAAGAUUGGGACCUCGUGUAAAAAUGGAGGGUGUUCAAAGACAUACCAGGGCCCGCAGAGUCUAGAGGAAGUCUGUGUGUAUCACUCUGGAGUGCCUAUUUUCCAUGAAGGGAUGAAAUACUGGAGCUGUUGUAGAAGAAAAACAUCUGACUUUAAUACAUUCCUAGCCCAAGAAGGCUGCACCAAAGGGACACACACGUGGACUAAGAAGGAUGCCGGGAAAAAAGUUGUUCCCUGCAGGCAUGACUGGCAUCAGACUGGGGGUGAAGUCACCAUCUCAGUGUAUGCUAAAAAUUCACUUCCAGAACUCAGUCAAGUUGAAGCAAAUAGUACAUUGUUAAAUGUACACAUUGUAUUUGAAGGAGAAAAGGAAUUUCAUCAAAAUGUGAAAUUAUGGGGUGUGAUUGACGUCAAGCGGAGUUACGUGACGAUGACCGCAACAAAGAUUGAGAUUACAAUGAGAAAAGCUGAGCCUAUGCAGUGGGCAAACCUUGAGCUUCCUGCAGCCAGAAAGCAGGAGCAGCACAAAGAUGACAAAACAGAAUGAGCUGACGGGAUGAUGUUCCUGCCUGUUUCAGAACCCUUAGUGUGUGGUGACGUGGUGGCUGCUGCUGUACCUUUUUUUGUUCUUGAUGAUGUUGAAUCUGGCAUUUCAGGGUCAAUAAUUGGUUCUUAAAAACCAAAGUCAGUUUCUCUUUUGUGCCUCCCAUCUUCAUUUUGAGUUGCUGCCUUGCUUGUUCAUUUCUUCGCAUCAGUAGAACUAUACGAGUCCUGUACUUGAAGCUGGGUAAGCGCCAUCGACAGUUAACAGUAUUUCUUAGUGUAAUACGAUGUUAAGCAGAGAAAUGUAAAGCAACAUUUGUUGCACUUACAUACCUUUCAAUUAGCCUAUUAUUAAUAAAACAGGUGAACUGUCAAAUUUUUAAUUAAUGUUUCCAUGAGUCUGCGUUCCUGUUGACACGUGAACCUCUAGGCCUGACUCACAGGGCUGUGCCCAUGCGCCUGGCAGGUCUCCGCAGCGACCCGCUGGAGCUCCUCUGCUGAAGAGUUACCCUGUGCUGCCUGUUGACAGGAUGAGUUUAGGGCAUAGGAAACACAGGUGAGAGCUCUGAGGUAUCAGCUUGGCAACAUUCAGCACUCUACAGACAGAGCAAUAACUUCAACCCUCUUUGUCCUGACUGCAGUGUCUGAAUGAUGUCAUGUCUAAAUCGUACCUGAUUUUAUAGCCCGCGGCCUCCUCAAACCUGUAGUUAUAUAAAGAGAAAUUGUGUACAUUUGUGUAUAAACCCUGGUGGAUAACUGUAUCUGUAAACUUGAAAGACUUAACGGAAAUAAAUUAGGGCAUCAGAACUAAAUAUUUAAAUUUUGUGACAGUUGUCACACAUUAAAUAAAAUCGCUUAUUUCUUUUGUAGGUUUUUUUUUGUGUUUUUUUUUUUUUGAGAUUUUCAUGAAACAGCUUGGCAAUCCUAGGUGACACAGUAUUGAUUAUUGCACUUUAUCAAGUAGCGGUUACACAGAAUUAGUCUUAAUGCUGAUUGAGCCGCCCACUGAAAGAUAGGUUCAUUUUGAGGCACUGCAGAGUUAAUGAAGAAAAUUAAAAUUAAUUUUAUGAAUCGAAAACUCUGGCAGAGCAUAAUAAUUACCAUUCUAAAGAGUAAAAUUCCUAGUUCCGAAGCCCUUUGCAUAUUUUUCUUUUCUUGGAAUUUUUACAAAGAAAAAUUUGUGCAAAUAACAGUGUCUGAGCUGCAGUGUCAGCCCACCGCUGUGACAGUGGCCACUGUUAGAUGCAGUGAUGUGAGGAUUUAAUGGCCUGGCCUGCAAAGAAGUAAACAUGUGGCAGUUUGAUUUUCAUCACCUUAAAAGCUGUGACAGGAAAUUUUUGGCAGUAAAGGUUGGACCCGAGGAGAAGGUGUCAGUUUGCAGCAUGCCACCUUUUGCGGUUCUUUUGUUAUUUGGGCACCUCGGUUCAUUUGAAAACAUGAAAUCUUGCUGUUUGGGGGAUGGUUGGUACUUUAUUUGAUUUGAAGUAAUUGUUAAACCUUUUUUUAAUGUUUUCUUCUUGAGGCUUUUUUCCCCAGACAUAGGAAUUUGUGAUUUUUAAUAUUUAAAGCUAGUGGGUUAAAUAGCACUUUCCAGUACUCUCCAUAUUUGGAUUGGCUGCAUUAGUAGCGCUUUCCUUUUUUUACUCCAAAAUACCUCUGGAUUUGUUGGCCAGAUACAAAUCUAGGUGGCACUGACCUUAGAUUCACCUAUGAUUGAGUAGAAUGUUUCAUCAGUGUGUCAAAAUUUUUUAAAUGGUAAACUUUCCUUGUUUCUCUAGAAAUAAGCACUGUCUCAGCACUCAAGGUAAUGACUAUUAGCAAUGCAACCAGCCGGUUUAUCACAUUCUUGGUAGCUAAUGUGAGUGCCAAACUCAACGUGGGAAAUCUCAUGUAACAUAGAACCUUCACAGAACUAAGCAGUUAGCAACUUGGAUGAGACUGUUAACUACAGUGUUCAUUUUGAUCACCUAUUUCUAGGUGCAGCUGUAUUUAAGGACAGUUCUUAAGGCCUAGCCUUAUUUUUUUGUAAUAAGCAAGUAGUUUAUAAACAAUUUAUAAGUUGAAACCAACUUCCAUCGACAGAUGUUCAUAGGUCAAUGAUACAACAUCUUGAUGAACCAUAUACUGGCAAAGAAAUGUAAUGAUCUUAAACAUUUGAAAAUUUUUUAAGAUGACUUUGGAUUAUUGUUCUGCCACCCCUUGCUUUAAAAAAAAAAAGUCAUUCCCCAAUCUGAAAAUGCAUGUCAUGCAAUCACCCACAAUAAACAAAAUUUUAAAAGCUUUUAUGAGGUCUGGCGUCAAUUUUAGGACAUU